AUGGCCAAUCUCCGUAUCCCAUCAUUUAUCUUACCAAUUCUGCUAAUCUCUUUUUCUUCAUUUAGCUACAAUGCUAAUUUGGUGGGUGCUCGUCAACUUUUGGAGACACCAUUGCUGGAUUUGCCUAAGCCUAAAUUGCCCGAGCUACCACCAUUGCCUAAGGUUGAUUUGCCACCAAAACCUAAACUGCCUGAGCUCCCAAAAAUUCCUGAACUGCCAAAGCCUGAGUUGCCAGCAGUUCCUCAUUUGCCUGACCUUCCUAAGCCUACAUUGCCCAAGGACUUCCCCGUCGUCCCCGUCGUCCCUACUCACUCAGCUAAUCCUUAA